AUGGUAGGGGCCGCGGCGGCCUCCGGAAACCUGCAUCGCUGGCCCCUCGCCACCCCGGACCCAGGGGCUGCCCCACCCGCCGGGCUCCGGCCACCCCCGCGCCUGGAGGGGCCGUGCGCUCCGGCUGCGAAGCGGCUGCGGGAGCUGGUGGCCAGCGAACAGGCCCUGGUCGGGGGCCCAGUUACACACUCGAGGGUCGUGGGGCGCAGGGAGCGCUUCCCAUGGUCCUUUGGAGAAGAAACUGUCGGGUGGGCCUACACCUCCCCGCCCUGGCCCCCACCCUGA